CAAUCAAAUAAAAUGUAAUAUUAUAAAGUUUUAGAUAAGAUCGGAGCCAAAAGGAGAUAAAGACACACUGCUCGCCAGACCCCAACUUUGUAAUUCAUUUUAUAUAUAUUGUUGCUUCUUCCUACUAGCAAACCAUAUCUCAUUUACAUAUCUUUCGAAUUAAGAAAAAUAAAAAGUUUGGUAUUUGAGUGAUGGGUUCUUUAAUGGCUGGUUGGGAUUCCCCUACUACUGAUCCCCAAGAAGUGAGUCAUCGGAGGAAUAAGUCGUUGACAAAAGAGGAAAUUGAAGCGUUUUGGAAAACGAAGAAACAAGUGCAUGAAGAACAUCUGAGAGCAAUUUUAAGUCCAUUUGAGACAUUGGAGGAAAAAGAAAAGGGAAAUAUUGGAAAUAAUCUACAGAGAUCAGCGUCUAUGCCUCCAUUCAAUACAAGGAAGGGUUUACGGGAGAAUAUGAAAUCUGAAACUAACUUAGAAAAGCCCGAGAAAAAUCCCUGGUGGAGAAGAAGUAACUGGGCGUUUCUAAACGAACCACCGGAGACAGAAGGGUCCGGUAACAGCUACGUGUCGCAGUUCCACGUCGCAAACAUGGCGGCUUCCAGACUUGGUCGUGGUGGCGUUAGUGCUUAAGCAGCGAUGCUACUUUUUUUAAUCUUUCGUUGCGUCGGUGACGGAGUCGGAGUGGGUGGGGAUGUGAUUGUAAAUGAAGAAAAAACAAAAUUAAAAGGUUUGGUUGUAAAGUUAUAUUAGAAUUUUUAUGAAUUUCAGUGGACGGUUUGUAAAUUAUUAUGGGUAUUUUCUUCUAAAUUAGAGUGUGUAUUUUGGUUGGAUUUGAAGGGGGUGUGUGUGAGUGUUUGAUGUAUAUAUAUAAAAUUUAAAAUUAUUGUUGUUGUUAUUUUA